AAUUAUUAGAAGACUUUGAAGCAUUAGUUAAAGAAUUUGAGAAAUCUUUUGGUGAUGCUGAUAAGUCUAGAACAGCUACUAAUAAGAUACAAAAACUUUCCAAGGAUCUAGAGCAGCUUCAAUUUCGAACUGGGCUCCAUAAUGAAAUAAAAGAUUUGCUACUUACUUUAGAGGACCCAAUUUUAUUAAAUGAUGCAAUUUCAAAGAUAGAUGCUGUGAGAUUCAAACCAUUGUCAGAAGAAGAAAAAAGAUUUAAGCUAUUGUCAGAGGGGAAAAAAGAUGAUGCUGUACCAAUAAUCUCUGUCUAUAUUGCGGUAAACCAGAGCACAUUGUUAAAUAUUACUCCAAGAAGUAUAAUUGGCCACCAAGAAUCAUACUAUAGUCACCACAGAGAAAUUGUCAAAAAACGAACAACCCCAGCUGCAGUAAGGAGGCUUCGGCUAGACCAAGAAUUUAACUUACUCUCUAAAACAUCAUUAGUUAGUCUUACAACUGCACUUACUUCAGAAAUAAUCUAUAUGUACCUAAUAGGUUCUAAAUAA